UGUUGCGCAGUUGCAUGCGUGCGAAUCAAUCAGGAGUGUUGUUUGUGCUCCGCAUCGGGAUGUUAAUUACUUCCCAGUGAAGUAAUAAAGUGUUUCCCAAGUAAUCGAAUAAAGUGACAGAUUAGCGAAACAUGAAUACGGAAGAAAUUAAGCGAAGCUUCGGUUUCGGCUGCCGUGAAUCGCCGGACAUUUACAACAAAUUCCUAGAAGAGUUAGGAUACUAUCGUAAGCAUGCCGCUACCGAUUCUACCUCAUUGUUUCGUGUUAUAUCAGAGUUGCAAUACGACAUACAGCUCUAUCACCAGAAGGUUCGCCUGGAGUGUGUGAAAUUUAUGCGCAGAAAUCGGGGAAUAUUCGUGAAGGACAUUAAGUACGCUUACGAAUCGUACGUGAACAACCUAUUGCGUCCGCGGACGUAUGGCGGUAUGGUGGAAUUGAAAGCGCUGGCAUUACGGUACAGGGCAAACAUAUUUCUAUUCGAACCCCUGACAGAAGGCAAGUGGUUUGUGUACAAUCCGAAAUAUAAAGUAACCUGGCGGCUUUUCGUCGGUCGUGAUAAUCAUUUCGAUGCGGUGUACCCAUUAGAAACGAUUAAAGUAGCCGCUGAAUGUCAGGCGAUAGUUUAUCAGUUGCUGUACACAAAAGUACUAGGUUUGCCAGACGUCGAGUAUUCCGUCGAACGUAUGUUGCACGAUCCAGAGGAUAAGUUCUUUAGAUACGCAACGCAAACCGAUGGUACAACUACCGCCAUUACACCGGAUGGAUUGCAUAUGCAACUAUCCAAACCGGAAGAUACGAAUUGCGUGCUGAUGUAUCCGCAUCUGUGCCAUUUUCACAAUGAGCAUUACUUUUUCAUCAUAAGGGAUUAUUUCGAACAGUACGGAUUAGAAGAAGGAUGCCGUGCUUACAUUGGCGACUACCUUCAGGACAGACGAAAUAAACCCAAUCCGCUACUUACGGAUUCGAAAAGUUCCUGUGUGCGACAACUUCUCGCCCUCGGCAUCACUCCAUUCCCUUACAAGGUGGCGAAAGCGCUUGAUCCUUGUAUCUAUCGGAAUGUGGAGUACGAUGUGUGGCAAGAAAUGCGGACGGAAAGGAAUAACGCAAUACUGGAGAAUGAGAAAAGAAUCCAAAAUGAAAUGAAUGGCGAAAAAUCCGUUUAUUCGCGUGCAUUGUUGCCAGCAGAGUCUUACAAACAAAAAAGUCCGCAAUUAAAUGCUAAUUAUGUUGCGCAUCAGAACACUGAUGGCUGCACUGCGCUGGAACCUGUCCAGCAUUUGGAUAUUUGCGGAAGAAUCAAUUCUCCAUACGAGCAUUUUGCGCCUUAUCAGAAUCUCUAUAUACCACCACCUUCCGAACCAUAUGCUGUUAACACAACACUGAUGAACACUGAGAACACGGAUGGAGCAGUGGCUGCGCUACAACCUGUCCAGCAUUUGGACUAUUUCGGUAGAAUCGAUACUCCAUUCGAAUACUUUACACCUUAUCAGAGCUUCUAUAUGCCACCACCUUCCGAACACUAUGCUGCUAGUAAUGUCGGCAUGUUAACAUCGGAUCUGCAUAAUUUGACAUUGUCCGAUAAUGGGGCGCAUCCGAUUGGUGUGCAUGGCUGCGUUUAUGCUCCUUACAGUCCCACCACGCCGCCGCUGCAAUUAAUUCACGCGACUACGCAGUCACCACUGAAACAUUUUCCACAGACACCAACCCUAACAACCAAUGAACCAUUGGCUAUAACGGAUCGCAUUACACUAAUACCAAACCAACUGAGCCCAUCUAUAUCGAAUACUCGUGUGAUGGUGGUCGAUUCACCACUGCAAGCACAACAACAGCCGACGUACCAUCAUCAAGUACCGCAACAAACCCAUUAUAAUCAACAACCACAACAUUCCUAUCAGCACCAGCGACAGCGGCAACGACAACGCCAUCGCAAUCGCCAUCGAGAGGAUCGGCAACAGCACCAACAGCAGCAGCAGGAACCACGAAAGAUACAUGUAGCUAUACCCUAUAAUUCGGGGUGCUACGUGCAGUAUUUUCCCAUUGCAGGAGAUACAAAUAAUAUAUCAGCAUUGUCAUCGGGGCACGAUAGUAAUUCAUAAACCUUCCGCGCACCAAUCACUGGACACCUCACCGAGUGCGCUCCUCCUUCUCCAUUUUGGCACCAUUAAUGAUUAAUUUUGAUUGAUAGAAUAUUUCAAUUGUUAUUCGAUUGUUUGUUUUAUCUAUCAAUUGUUAUUAAUUUUAUUUGAUUUACUACAAUUUGUUAUUUGAUUUGCUAAGAGUAUGUUGGCGGGCAUUGAACUUAAUAUCACUUUUUUAUUGCUGACAUGUACAACUAUAUGUGCAUGAACGGAUGCGUUAUCAAGGAUACCUUAAAUGAUCCCUGUUAGCGUCAAACGUUUCAUCACUUUUCCAAAUUAUGUUAUCAUUAUUUUUAUUAUACUUUUAUUCUGCUACAUACUUUCGCAAACGAUUCCUUUAUUUCUUAUACAAGUUGCACCAAGUAAUGCAAUAA